CGACCGUAUGUCGAACAGUGGCGCUGUGCGGCGUUAUUCCGGGGCUGCUAUACUCGACUCUCUGCCGUGACGAUCGCAUCGCUCUCUCCGAACACGAAGAAGAUCACACAUCAUCCGCUGAUCGAUCGAUCGCUUCUCGUCCAGAGAUCGCGAGAUCGUCGUCAUCCCUAAACUGGUGCUUUCGUGCGUGCGUGCUUGGUUUGUGCGUCUGUAAAUAUUAGUGUCCCGGUGCGUGCCAAUCCCUGGUCUCUAGGGUGUGUUUCUCGAUCGCCGACGAACCUGCCCUCCAGUCCCACGAAAGCUAAAGGGCCACACCGAAAAAGAAACGCGCCUCUUGCUGCGCGCCUCUUAUGCUGUGAAAAGGAAGGAAGAAAGUGGUCCACGACUGGUUGGUCUGUGUGUCUCUUCGGCGCUAAAGUGGUGUGUGAAGCGGGCCCGCGCCCGCUCGAGAGUGUCUCCUCCGGCGAGGAGGAAGAAGAAUGCAGCAGCAUCCGUAAGUGGUUGUGUCUCUUCUGGAGUUGUGCGCGCGCGCCCGACGCAAGAGUGUUCUCGUUGAUCUGCAGGCAGACCAGAAAAAAAGGGCUCACGGGGGCCUGCUGCUGGAUCAAUGCAUCCAGCACGAUAGUGUUGUGUUCCGCGUGCAGGUGUGUAGAGGCUGCCGCUGCUGCUGCUGCUGCUUGUCGAUAUUCAACCGUCAGACCACCCAACAUGAGGCAAAAUGCCGUUCGUGAAGCGUGUCGUUACUCCGAAGUACAUUGCCCGGUCGUCGGCGUCGUCGUCGUCGUCGCAGACGGUGGCACUACUACGUGGCGGCGGCGGAGGCGGGAUCGGGUACGGUCCACCGGCCACCAUCCCGGUGGCGGAUAACGAGUUCGAGGCGCUGACCAACAUCACGCUCAGCAAUGCGCUCCGCCAGCUCGCUUCGCUCGUCUUCAUCUCGAACCAGAUCUUCACCGAGCUGCACCAGGAGCUGUCCAGCGUGACCGAGCGAUCGGCCGGGCUGAAGCAGCGCAUCGAUCGGCUGUCCCAGAAGGUGGAACAGUUCGAUCCGAAGCAAGUCACUGUCCCGGAGAGUGACCUCGAUGCAUUCGUCCAGAUUAAAACCCACUACAAGACGCAGUACCAUGUGGAUACCGGGCUGUUUACCGUGGCCACCCGAUCGGAAACGGUACAGGAGCUGUACGAGGCGGCCGCCAAGACGCCGGUCGCGACCAUUGCCGAGAUGGACCGGAUCGUGGGCAACGAGGCCGGAAGCAGCUCGGAGGCCUUCAUCUGCACACCGAUACUGAGCCGGCAGCGGCGCGCCGCCCGGGCCAACAACGUCGACAUGGACAUCGAAGUCAGUCUGCCAACGGCCGUGCAGGAUCUACGCAAGUGGACCUCAUCGGAGGCCAUCGGUGACGUGACGACCGGGGUGGCCUGUUCCGUGAAGAUCGUAUCGAACAGUGCGAACAAAUCCGUCCUACGGCACACGACCGACACCAGCUUGAUGGUGUCGGGCGAUUACACCGAUGGUGCCGCCAGCACUUCCAGCCCGGCGGCUGGUCCCAACGAGACCGAUCUCGAUGCCAUCACGUCCAUCGACGAGUCGAUCGUGCGUGACACAAGUAGCAACACCAGCCACACCAGCAGCAAUAGCUGCGUCGAUCAUCUAUUGCCCUCACCAGCCGAACAGUGCCGUGCGCUUGCCUCAAAGUUCCCGGCGGAAACUAUAAAAAUCGAUACUUCCGGCCGAGUGUUCGACCGUAUGUCCUGUGCCCGGCGUUCCCUCGUGUGCUACACGACGCGUCCCAAAAAGGAAGACGGCAAACAGGAAGAGGAUACGGUACGAAGGCGGUCCCGGCUGCGGCGCCCGCGAGGCAAGAGACGCAACACGAUCGCCGGUACGGAUCAGCGCGAGAUUGCCGAGGUCAUCAGCAAAGGGGAAUCGGGCGACGGUACGGCGGGAACGACGGGCGAACAGGCGCAGCAGAAGGAUCAGCAACAACAGCAGCAACCCCAGGAGUCGCCGGCUGACUUCGGUGAGCUGCUACCUGCGUACCGCAGCCGAUCGAGCGAUCUGCUGCGCAAGGAACCGGCCUCGUUCUCGGCCGAGUGGACCAAGAGCUUCAACAAGAUGUCACACUUCAACUCGCUCAAGCAGUGGGGCAUCAACCGGUUGCGGAUGAUGAACAACCGCGAUUCGUCCGCGUCAUCGUCCGCACGGGAUCACCAGAGGGAUCAUGAUAUUGAUGAUUUCAAUAUACACGAGACCACGCUAGCCCGGCAGCAGAGCCUGCAGAGCCGGCGGAAGGCGUCCGACAAGGAGAAGCGGCUUUCGCACGAUCGAAAGCCUUCUUACUCAUCGUCGGAGCGCAGUUCCUCCGGGGUGCUCAGCUCCUCCUACCUGCCGGCCUCGAUCAAUCCGGUGAAGCUACGCGAAACGUCCACAGUGAGGCGUCAACGGCGAACGGCACUGGGAAAUCGCGAUGAACCCCACUCGUCCAGCGGUAACUGGAGUGCCAGCUCGGAAUCGGGUCGUACGUCGAUCGGUAGCGAAAUCACGACCAGCAACACGCAUCCCAAAUCGAGUGCCUCCAGUACGUCGCUGAACCACAGCAAUCCGAUCAGCUCGAGUGCUCCACCGAGUUCGAUCGUCAGUCGCCGGCGGUUCUUCAAUACGUCCGCUUCGAGCAGUGUGACCAGCGAAGGUACGAUAACGCCCGAUCUGCAAACCUUCGAUUAUCAUGACGAAGGUGGUGAAACGAGCUCAGUGUAUUCCUGCGAUACCGAGGGCUAUUACACGUCGUUCCAUGUGGACUCGGGACUGAAAACGCUGAAGGAGGAGGAACCGAUGACUCCGCUCCAAUCGACGACCGCACUGUCGAGCAUAACGUCGUUCUCGAGCUCCGGAAAUACGACUAUCGUAUCGCAGGAGAACGAGUACGAUCUGUUUGGGAAGGGUUCGACGACGUCUACGACGACCAGCUCGGCCGGUACGAUCUGUACUGUGUUGGCCGAUGCUUCCAAUCUGCCCAAGAUUCCGGAGCGAAAAAGCUCCUUGACGAAGCUAAAUCGCAGCAACAGUACCGCCAGCAAUGGAACGCUGGAGCGUAGCUACUCGAGCAGCACGCUGGGCAGUACGCUCGAUAGCACCGGUACGAUCAAGCGAAACGGGGUACUCAUACAGAAGGAGGUCAUCAAGAUACUGCGCCAGCAGGAGAACAAUAAUCGGCUCGAUGUGGCCGAUGGUAAUGCCACGGCCGCGGCCAAGAGCAACGGUGCGGCAGGUGGUGAAACGAGAGAGGUGAAGCGAGCACCUACGGCCGAACCGGAACAAUCCGAAUCGUCGGACGUGGAGUGCGUGGAGCGCACGGAACGGUUAAAGGUGAAGACCACCAUCAACACUAGCCGCAUCCCGUCCAUGUGCAUCAUCACACCGACCAACAGUGAUGACGAGCAGCAGCAGCAGCACCAACAGCGUGGCGCAUCGAGUGCUCCAACCGCCAAGACGAGCAGCAAAUCGGUAACCGACAAGUCAUCGGGCAAGCGUCCCUCCCUAACCGAAUCGAUAUCGUUCGAGUUGAAGAAACCGAAAGAUUUCCGGAAGGGUUCACUACUACCCCUGAACAGUGUGUUUGGGCGACUGAAGGGUGCGCUGCCCCAUCUCAAAAAGUCCCCCACGAAGGAAGAUUGCACCACGACGGGACAGGUAGGUGGGGUAACUGCUGGCACCGAAAGGGACGAAGAAGCGGGAGUCGGCGGAGACUACGUUGAGAUUGCCAAGGGCCGUAAAACCCCGAACGAGCUGACGGUGCGCCGUAACCUGGCAACGGUGCUAUCGGGCAACUUGAACGAAGAGACCGAGUAUGUGUCACUCAACGAGCUGCCCUGCAACAUCAAAUGCGACAGUGGCACCAACUUCCUGCUAGGAGUGGAGGACAGCACUACCAAGAGUGCCGCCAACGAUGGAAGCCCAUCGCAGUCGCUGCAAAAGAGCGCCCUAGGGAAUUCCGAGAGUGCAAGGGGAGAUGGUAGUAAGGCUACAGCACCAACUACCACCAACAGCAACAACAUCUCGACGACUCCUGCUGCUGCUGCUGCUGCGGGUGCGCUGAAGGGUGCUGCGCGUGUGAAGCUGGAUGCGAACGGGAGAGUCAUCUUCUCAUCUGACAGCUUGAAGCGACGGAAGGGGGCGCACACGACGUUCGCGCCCGGACCAUGCGUAAAGGAUGUGUCGGUACGCGAAGGACCGAGCAGUAGUAAACAAGUGCUUCCGUCGUCGUCCUCGUCCUCGACGUCGUCCCCGAACGAAGACGCAGUAACAAAGUUGAAUGACCCAGGUGCUGGCAGUAGCCAAGUGAAUCGUCCUCCAUCGACGGCACUUCCACUAUCCGUGAGCAAUCAUCGGCAACCUCUGAAGCGUCCGCUGGUGUCACCACGGUACGGUACACCGAACAAUCGAAUCGUUCCCAUCGGCAUCAACAGCACCAACAGCGGUGGAAUAGAGCCACCGAAGAAGACAACACUCGUGGCCACGAUUCUUCCGAACAGUGCCAAGCAGCAGCAGCAGCAGCAACAGCAGCCAGUGCCUCCUUUGCGAGAAGUCCGCGAGCUUUCGAGGAUGCAUUCUUUUGCACCCUACACGCCUCCGGAUGGUGGUCCGCGGUCUAUCGGUCGGACAGCAUCAUCGGCGUCUCCUUCCGAUGGUGGUGCUUCCGUAACCGCGGCCUACUACAAAGGUGCUCAUGUAAACAUUCAAAAUGGUGCGUCCUAUCGAGCGGUGAGCGGGCCACUGAAACCGCCGUACCCCGAAGGUGCUCACUCAUUGGAUCGUUCUAGCUUAAGAAACUGGUACCCCGAUAAGCUGACGGUCGAACGAACCGGAGUCGGUGCAACACACUACGUACCACCGCGUACAUAUCAGAAGCCGGACUAUGAACCCCCGAGAGCCCUAAUGACUCCGACGGGUAGUGGCUUUAGCUCUCCGCGUCAACUUGCGGGUAGUCCGGCGAUGGAUA